AUGGAUGCCACUAUCUCUUAUGAAAAACCACUUUCUGAUUACAGACGAAGUGAACGGCAAGAGAUGAUAAUAGCUGCUCCAUUGGAUUUGUCAUUUAAAAAAGCAACUACAAUGAGUGAAUUGGCAAGUAAACGACCACAAGCAGUACGAACGGGUAAAAUUCCGUUGCGGACAUCUGCAGAUCGUUUUGUAACGUGUUCUUUAUGGUUAAGUAAUAAUUUAUUAACUUCAAUGAACGGAUUUGAAAGUCUUGCCCAUAAAGUUCUGGAUGAUCCAACGAACCUUAGUUGGCUCGAUCUUUCUUUUAAUGAGAUAGAACGAAUUGGAGAUGACAUUAUAAAGUUUCCGAAUUUAAAAAUUUUUUAUUUGCACGGAAAUAAUAUUUCGAAUAUUAAUGAUAUUGUUAAACUGAAGAAGUUACAAACGCUUAGAUCUUUAACGUUACAAGGAAAUCCCAUUGAAAAUCUUCCAUAUUAUAGAGGAUACAUUGUCCAUAUUCUUCCACAAUUAACGGCGCUAGACUUUUCGGCAGUAUUAUCCGCUGAAAGAAAAAAGGCAGCACCUGCUGGAUUUCAGAAAAUGAUAUAUGGUAGUACAUGA